UACACCAACGGGAAGGGCCUAUUGUAUUAGUGCCCAUCUCUAUUCGAUAGAUAACAACAAACUCCGCCUACGCCGGCGAAAUUCUGCGACACCGCCACGAAAACUGAAGAAACUCAAAUAACUUAAAGUACAUACAAAUUAAAUUAUUAGCUAAUCAUGUUCGAGACACUGUACAACCUGCCCUUCCACAUCCUGGUGCCGCCGAACAUCAAGGUGCGCAGAUUCAGCAUUCCAAUGCCCUCACCGAUGGCCGUUUUCAGUGUGAUUUUGUUUUCCUAUUUUCUGGUGACAGGCGGUAUUAUUUACGACGUGAUUGUGGAGCCGCCAAGCCUGGGAGCCACCGUGGACGAGCACGGACACUCGCGUCCGGUGGCUUUUAUGCCCUACCGGGUGAAUGGGCAGUACAUCAUGGAGGGUCUGGCCAGCAGCUUCCUGUUCACCGUCGGCGGCCUGGGAUUCAUCAUCAUGGACCAAACCCACACGCCGGGAAAGACAAACCUCAACCGCCUGCUGCUCACCGCCAUGGGAUUCAUUUUCAUCCUGGUCUCCUUCUUCACCACCUGGCUGUUCAUGCGCAUGAAGUUGCCCAGCUACCUGCAGCCCUAGAAUCUCUACUGGAAACUGCUUGACCGACACUCUCUUAGUAUUCUCCUACAGUCGAAUAUCUAUAAACCGAACUGCAUUCGCAAGAAAUUCUAGUUUAGAAGGCUUGAAGCUGUGGAAUACCGAUCAAAGGCAUUCCACAAAUUUGUAUUUCUAUUUAAAAUGUUGUCUACUAGUUGUAAACAUCAGAAUGACUGCCUGGUUUGCAUCAGAUUCAGUUAAGUACACUAUAAAAUGUCUAUUCCAAUGCUGUCGCAUAAAUAAUGCAAUUGUACAACCAAUCAAA